AUGGACAAAAAGUACAUGAAUUGCACACGAUGCGAACUUUGCGGCACUGCAGAUGUGAUUUAUGGCGCCACCUUCAUGGAAUACUCCAUUUUGUUCCGACUUCUCACGGCUCCGCUGGCCACGAUGGGAAUCGGUCUCUUAUCCGCAGCUUUUGUGAAAUCGAAAGGGAUUCAUGUGAAUGCUAAGGUGAUUUUGAUGGCCUUGUGUAUCUCGGCAAUUGUUUGUAACACAGGUGAGCUGGAAAUCUGAACAAUCGGUGUGGAGAACUGAAAUCUCUCAUUUUCCAGGUAUAAUUGUGGAUUCUCUGUACAAAUUCUUCAUUUCCAACGUUAUGCCAGACUACAUGCAGUGUGAUUUUCAAGUUUUCAGCCCACAAUACGGAUUAGGUGAGUAUUUUGACUUUUUGCAACAUUUCUAACUAACCUACAGUAAUCCGUCACAUCGAAAUAAUGGGCGCAAUGUGCCUCUCGACGUCGACAUCAGCACUCGCCAUAGAGCGCACCGUGGCUACAAUCUUUUAUCGAAACUACUCGACGAAACCUACGCUCGGAAUCAUUCUCGUGGUUGCCCAGGUAUCAAAUUAGGAAAGCCGGCACCGUUUCGGGGGGGGGGAGACGACGGUUUUUUGAACAUCACGUUCUCUUCUUUUUGCCUUGCGCACGGUCAGUCCAUCUCUGAUCACUUCUUUUUUCGGUUUCUAAGAAUAGAUGGAAUUGAACGGUAGAAGAGAAGAAAAAAAAACGGAGAGAAGAUGAGAUAAUCAUUUAUCGAUUGACUCAGAUUGUGAUAUGUUUCAUUCCAAUUUGGAGCGUCCGGACGCCAAAACAAAUGUAUCCGUACUCACCGCCAGAGCUUCAUGACUACAAAACAUAUCAUUUCAUCUCAAUGUGGCAGACACUGCUAAACAUCUUAUCAUUCUCCAUUUUCACUAUCCUAUGGAUCAUCAACUACUAUCGAAAGGUACUCAAUCACUACUCACUUUUAUUAUCCCACCACACCCAUUUUACUUUUCAGAAGAUCAUCGGGAACAGUCAUCUUCAAGUCGUUCUCGCUCGAUACAACUUACACGACAACAUGUCGACGACGCGUCUUAUGGUUAGUGAGGAACACCUUUGCUUUCUGAUGUUUCUUGAUUUGAAACAAAAAUGAUAUGUUUAUCACUUAGUCUUUAAUGAAAUUUCAAAACAGUCCCAUCAUAGCGUCAUCGGGAUUAUGUAUUGAUAACCCCGCCGUCAAUCGCUCAAAAGAAACGAGUGAAUGAUUUUGCUUUCCGAGAAAAAAAACUAAUGGGUCAAUGUUCAGGCGCCCGUGAUCAGUGUCGUCUGCUUGAUGGUGUUCUCCGCGGAAUUGGUGAGUCAUGCAUGAAUUGGGAUUAAGAUCAAAUCAUCUUUUCAGAUAUUUCUUCUGGCCACACCCGAAUACAAUCAAGAUACCGUAGUCACCCAUCAAGUGCUAGAUGAGGUCAUUGAGUACUCGUUUUACGCGGAAUUCCAAGUAGGCAGAAGAUUUCGGAAUAAAAAAUUGAAUUCCUGAUUACAGCUCACGUUAAUUCCGGUUCUUUUCAUAAGUCUGGUGCUCGCUAUGAUAGCAACAUCGAGAAAAAUUCGCGACAACUUUCUUCUGGUGUCAAACCUCUCCAUCUGUUUCCCAGUGAAAAUUCAAAGCACUGAUACCCGAUCGUCCAGCGAAUCUUCUUCUGAUGUCUAUUCUGGAAGGAUUCACUGGAACAGCAAGAUGGACGGACUUUCCAUCACGCCACAAUAA